UACUCGAACAGAUCGCUUGGGAUACGGGGUAAAUCUGGUUACAUUGAGCACAUACCGUUGGAUCACAUUUGACUGAGUGCUUUCAACGGCAGUGAAGGCGGAUUCUAUUUUAAUAGAUUUGUGGAUGUGAAGAUUGGAAGAUUAUUUUCCAAAGAUUUAUUGCGAAAGUUAGAAGUUAUUCUUCCGGAGGUCCGCUUCCCUCCGCAAACGUCUACCAUACAGCGCCACAUACACUUGCAUAAGUGGCAAGCACAUUGAAUUACCUGCCAAUCUAACGAUGAAAUCGACCUUCCUGGUGGUGUUGGAGCUGGCGUUCUUCCUUCUGCCCGGACGCGUUCUCUACGCCCAGAAGGAUAGCGGUAACUGGACAAGAACGGUGUCGACGAAAGCACCGCUGGAGUGUAUGUGCCGACCGUGCACCGGCAUCGAGGACGCGAACGUCAUUCCCCAAGAGCUGACGUCCUUUGCCGACGAGGGUACACUGACCGGCUACUUCCAGAAGUCGCACUACAAAUCCAUCGAAUAAGUCACACGUUGCGUCGGAAACGAAAGCUUCAAAACUCACCCUUCACAGUGUGAUUCUACGUCAAGAGGGCUAAAGGGUUCGAGGAUGAUAGGUUCGAUACGUCCGAGACUUAUCCGUUUACUAGGAGAAAAAUAGAUGUGUUCAAUCGUGUAGAUCUGCUAAGCUGCUAACAGAUAGGAAAAGAUUCGCGUUAAAAGUCAUCCGGUGGGAACUGUGGGAUAUUGGGAUAUUUGAACCAACAAAAAAUUAAACUCAUAGAAUAGUAAUUAACGCUCAUUUUACGACAAAAACCACCAGUAUCUUAUAGCAGUGUAGCUGCAAUAGAAUGAGAUUGUAUGGUGCCAUUGAUGUUGUUUUAGAGAAUAGUUCCAAUAAAUCUGAAUCUGUAGAAUUAAUA